AUGGCUUACAGUGUGACUCUGAAUGGACCUGGACCGUGGGGCUUCCGACUGCAAGGAGGCAAGGACUUCAACAUGCCCUUGACCAUCUCCAGAAUCACCCCUGGCAGCAAGGCAGCACAGUCACAGAUGAACCAGGGGGACCUUGUCGUGGCCAUUGAUGGAGUCAAUACUGACAGCAUGACCCACCUGGAGGCCCAGAACAAGAUCAAAUCAGCCAGCCACAACCUGAGCCUCACUCUUCAGAAGUCUAAACGUCCAGUGCCAGUUUCAACCACAGCUCCCAGAAUUGACUCUCCUAGGGCUGUAAUUCCCCAUCAGAAGGUCAUAACCAACACCGCUGCCAACACGGACUUCACGGAGCGUUUCAACCCCAAUGUCCUGAAGGACUCUGCCCUGUCUACCCACAAACCCAUUGAGGUGAAGGGCCUUGGCGGCAAGGCUACCAUAAUUCACGCACAGUAUAACACCCCGAUCAGCAUGUAUUCCCAGGAUGCUAUCAUGGAUGCAAUUGCAGGCCAGGCACAAGCCCAGGGUGGAGAAUUUGCUGGUACCCUCCCUAUAAAGGAUCCUCACGUAGACAGUGCCUCUCCGGUGUAUCAGGCUGUGCUUAAAACUCAGAAUAAGCCUGAGGAUGAGAACGAGGACUGGAGCCGUCGCUCUGCCAACCUGCAGUCCAAGUCCUUCCGCAUCCUUGCCCAGAUGACUGGGACUGAGUACAUGCAAGAUCCAGACGAAGAAGCCCUGAGGAGGUCAAGAGACAAGGAAAACGUUGCAGCAGCAUCAGAAAACAGUACCCCUGUUGAGCAUGCCCCAGUGGCUCCCAGUUCUGCUGCUCCUGCACCACAUGCUUCAGCACCUCAGCCUGCUACUGCUGCUCCAAACACAGCCAGCCUGAUGACAGCACCAGCCGUCACCUCAGUAGUGCAAGAGUCUUUCUCAUCCUCCUUCCAAAGAGUUCUUGCAGCCCCCAGCCCUCUUUCCCAGCCUAAGCCUUUCCAUGGGCCCAAGAACAUGUCAUUAGCAGCUUCCACUAUUUCAUCUGCUAUUUCAUCUCAGUCUAGUUUCAACCGGCAUUCUUCCACCUCCAUCAGCUACCAGUCAAAGCAGAGAAACACAACUCAGUCAUAUACACCAAUGCCAGUGUCUGGAAGCUACAGUGAAAGUCCUGCUCCUUCUGCUGCUUCAAAAAUGAGAGUUGUUACCACUGCCAGCAUAAAGCCCUCUGUCUACCAGCCAGCGCCAGCACCAGUUCAUUCCUACACCCCUGCCAACACGGAGCCUGCGAGUCGCCCUCCCUGGGUAACAGAUGACUCCUUUUCCCAGAAAUUUGCACCUGGAAAAUCCACCACCACUGUCACAAAGCAUAUCCUACCAAGGGGUGCUCCAGUGCUGUCUCCUGCCACAAUUCCUGCUUACCCGUCUCCAGUUUCGACUUCUUCGCAGCCCCCUGCAUUAGCCCGGGGAACAGUUCAGAGGGCGGAGCGUUUCCCAGCCAGCAGCCGAACUCCUCUCUGCGGGCACUGUAACAGCAUCAUUCGAGGUCCUUUCCUGGUAGCCAUGGGUCGCUCUUGGCACCCAGAAGAAUUCAAUUGUGCUUACUGCAAGACAUCCUUGGCCGAUAUGUGCUUUGUGGAGGAGCAGAACAGUGUGUACUGUGAGCGCUGCUAUGAACAGUUCUUUGCACCAACCUGUGCCAGAUGCCACACUAAGAUUAUGGGGGAAGUGAUGCAUGCCCUAAGACAGACUUGGCACACAAGUUGCUUUGUCUGUGCUGCUUGUAAGAAGCCAUUUGGGAAUAGCCUGUUCCACAUGGAGGAUGGGGAACCUUACUGUGAGAAAGAUUAUAUUGCUUUGUUCAGCACAAAAUGUCAUGGCUGUGAUUAUCCUGUUGAAGCUGGAGAUAAAUUCAUUGAAGCUCUUGGACACACUUGGCAUGACACCUGCUUCAUUUGUGCUGUAUGCCAUGUGAAUUUGGAAGGUCAGCCAUUUUACUCCAAGAAAGACAAGCCUCUGUGCAAGAAGCAUGCCCAUGCCAUCAAUGUUUAA